UUCUAACAGGAUAAAAAAAUCAAGAUUAAAAAAUUGACGAUGUAAACGUUUAUCGUAUGAUUAGUAUUAGAUUUUAUCGAAGCUCUGACAUAGUAACAUACACGUAAUGCUGUAUUUGUGAGUCAGUUCAUAGAUUGGACUACAGGAUGAAUUCUAAAUGGACUUUCAGGAAUCUACAAAGUGAUUACCAGAACUUGAUUCCUUUUGUUCCUGCUAAUGAUGGCAAAGAAGAUGUAGAAAGUUCCAAGAAAGAGGCAAGCGAAGAUUGUCAUGUCAGUGGAACAGAAAUUAAAGAAUAUUACGAGAACUUAAUCAAUGAUGACAGCAAGAAAAUACAGAAACUGUCACAAAAUAUUGUGGAAAAAUACAAAUCAAGGAAAACAUGUAGAAGCUCCGAAAGAGAUCGAAAAAGAUCUAAAUCUGAGAUUAAGACCCGACCCGCAACAGAAGAUGGUGCUGCAAACGAUGAUAAUAAUAGAUUAAUAAAUCGAAAAAACAGUGAAAUGCUAAAAUAUUCUCAGAACGGUGACCUGAUUGGUUUGAGAAAAGCUGUAGAAGAUGGAGCAAACGUUAAUUAUCAGGACGGUUUUGGAUGGUCCGCUUUGAUGUGUGGGGCGGUUGCAGGUCAUGGGAAGGUUGUUGAGUUUCUGUUGGAGAAGGAAGCUGAUGCCAAUUUACAAAAUAAUCUCAAGCAAACUGUCCGAGAUAUGGCAGAGCAGGCCAGAUUAUUUAAAGUUGUUGGGAUAUUGGACGAACACAAACAUUAUUUUAAGCGAAAAAUAAAAGUAGAACCAGAAACAAGGGCAAAAGUUUAUUGCGAAAUUUGUAAAGUAGAUGUUUCUGAUCGUAGAAAACACGAGACUUCGACCGCACAUUUGUUUAAUCGUCAAAUUAAACCUACUGAGCCAUCUUUUAUGAUACCUGAAUCGAACCGAGGGUUUCAAAUGAUGCUUAAACAUGGCUGGGAUAAAGGUCGGGGACUGGGUUCCGAGGGACAAGGUCAAAAAUAUCCUGUCAAGACCGUGCUGAAAAGAGAUCGACACGGCCUUGGUGCAGUUGCAAAACAGAAAUCGAAAGUAACUCAUUUUAAUGCAAAAGACUUACAAGCUGUUCAACGUGUUCGUAAAAAUGUGGAAAGACACGUGACCUCUCGAACUUUAUCUAAAUGGGAGAUGAGGCGAAGGGAACGAAAAGAUAAAAAUUGGGAACGUGACAUGAGACACUAUUUUAACACUUAAUAUUAGGCCUUAAAUGUGAUGAGACGGUGUUUUAAUACAAAAUGUUAGGGCUUAAAUGUGACAAAACAGUAUUUUAAUACACAAUAGAUAUUAAGCCUUAAAUGUGACACAAUAGAUAUUAAGCCUUAAAUGCAACACAAUAGAUAUUAGGCCUUAAAAAAAUAUGAUGAGAAAGUAUUUAAUACAGAAUUUUAAGUCUUAAAGGAGUAGGGUCGCAUGUCUAUUGUCCAACCUCGUGAGUUUUCUCUGGGUCCUCCGGUUUCCUCCCACUGCUAACGACCCCUAUGCGCAAGCGAAUUAUUGAAAUAAAAUUGAACCAUGUGUUAGUCCCGAAAUGACCUAGUUUGUGUCAGUUGGACAUUAAACCCCAUUUCUCUCUCUUUUUGUACAAAAAGUGUUCAUGUAUUGAAAGCCAUUGCCCUUUCAAAUUGCUUUCAACUCAAAGAGUGUUUAUAAAAAGAAUAAGAAUGUAUUGAUUGUGGGUUUUUUCUGGGUCCUCUGGUUUCCUCCCACUGCUAAGCUGUUCAACUAUGGAGGUGUCCAGAAAGGCUUCUUUUCUUUAACUCAAAGAUAGAUUAUGUAAGAUUUAGAUAAAGAGCUAGCUGGUUGUUAUUGUUAUAAUGGCUUAAAGAUACAUUAUAUAGGAUUUAGAUAAAGAGAUGGCCAUUCCUGAUAUAAUAGCUCAAAAAUACAUAAUGUAAAAUGAAAAUAUUGAAAAUUUCAUUCAAAUUACUUCAUUCUGAGCCAAGUUAUCACUGUUUGUAGUUUUGAAAAGAUGUGUGCAUUGUGGUAACCAGAGCACUGGUAUAUUCAGAUUUAGCUCUUGCAUAAUGUAUGUUUAAUUGUAUUUAUGUCACAGGUUGUAAAUUAUAGUUAAAUCAUAGUCUAUAUUUAUAAUAAAGAAACACUGUACUAUAUGCCAGA